AUGCAGACCAAAAGAACAAACGGCCGCGGCCGGAGCCGUGCCGCCGGAAAGAUGACCCAGCCGGCCGCUGACGCCGACUCCUCCUCCGACCGCACCGACACCGACACCGGUAAUGACGUCGAGGAGAUCAUCGACGCGCUGUACGGGAAGCGGACUUCGGUUACCACGCGGAAGGCCGCGCUAGCUGCUCUCAUCCACGCCAUGGAGGGCUUCAUGCCUGCCCAUGACAUCGAGCACGCGCGCGAGGACAUCCUCUCCCGGUGCAUCAUCUCCAUCAGGAAGGGCUCCACCAAGGAGGCCUGCCUGGCGAUCCGCGCCGCCGCCCUGCUCGCCGUCACCCUCGACGCCGAGGGGCAGGACAUAAUGUCCGAGCUGCAUCCGCUGCUCACCCGGAUCCUUGAACUUUCCUCCAAGCCCGACGCGUCGGAGGCAAAGGUGAUCGCCGCGCUCGACUGCCUCGCCGUCGUCACCUUCACCAGCGCAGAGGCACUCGACGAGACGGAGGCGUCUCUGAAGGUCAUGUGGGGUCUGAUCCACCCACAGUCGGGUCCCAAAUUGGCCGGAACGGCGAGGAAGGCCAGCGCUCAGGAGCUGGCCACGGCCGUUUCCGCAUGGACGUUCGUCCUCACCAGAGUCACUGCCACCGCCGCUGGCGGAAGGAAGGUGAAUCCCAUGGAGUUUCUCGCCACGCUUCUCUACGCCGAGGACCGCGCCGUACGGAUAGCCGCCGGUGAGGCACUCGCCGUGUGCGUGGAGCUCAAACUGCUGCCGGCCAAGAAGGGCCACCUAUUCAGCGACAUGGUGGCGAGAAUGUCCGACCUCGCCAUAGAAGCUGCCGGAACAGGCGUGGACAAGAAGGGUUUCCUCGAGCAAAAACACCUGUUCAAGCAGCUCUGGGCGUUCAUGGUGCACGACGAGCGCCCGGAGAGGACCGUGCGGACGUCGUCGAGCCAGCGCGGACUCCUGAAGGUGUCCACGUGGUCGGACGUGGUCCGGCUCAAGUUCCUGAGGCGGGUCCUGGGUCCCGGCUUUCUGCACCACCUCCAGGGCCACGGGUUCAUGCGCGAGGUGUUCGACGUCAGGGACGAAGAGAUCGCCGGCAAGCUGUCGGCCGGCGGCCCUGUGGAAUCCGGACUUGAUGAAGCAGGACCCUCGCAUGGCGCGCGAGCUGAUGUGCGAGUCCAUGGAGCAGAAGAACCGGAAGGAGGAGAGGAAGAUUUGGGGCGGGUUGGAGAAACGCAGGACUCUGAGUAUCAAGAAGGAUCGGCGUAUAGCAAACGAGGUCAGGUACGGCGGCGUCGGAGACAUCAUGGCAAAACUUAG